GUGAUCAGCUGUGUCCAGCUGUAGUACUGCCGAUAACUGGCAACUGUCAAAGCAGGGACUGGCACCGAUCAUCAGGGCCCUGAUGAUCGGUACCCACCUGUGCCCACCAGUGCCACCCACCAGUGCCACCCAUCAGUGCAGCCAGUCAGUGCCACCCAUCAUUGUUGCAUAUCAGUGCAGCAGUAUCACUGGCCGCCUCAUCAGUGCCAGCUUACCAGUGUCACCAAUCAUUGCUGCCUAUCAGUGCCCAUCAGUGCUGCCUAUCCAUGCCACCUCAUCAGUGCUUCCUAUCAGUGUAGCCUCAUCAACGCACAUCAGUGAAGGAGAAAAAUUACCUGUUUGCAAAAUUUUAUAAUAGAAACAAAGAAAAAACUUUUUUUUUCAAUUUUUUGCUCUUUUUUUGUUUAUAG